UUGCAUCCGAAACGGCAAGAGAUCGGAACAAUACUUCGAAUAAAGUUUAAAAUUUACUUUCUAUUUUUUCUUGCGUUCUUCAUUUUGCCGAGUCGGCCUGCGAGAAUGACCGGAACGGUGGACACGUCCACUGCACAGGCACUAUCACCGUCCUACGUCAACUCUUUCCGCAUCUCCGCCGUCACUAGCCGAUUACUUGUCCACCUUGGCGGCGAUAUCCAUACCGAAAAUACAGAGUUCUUCAACCUCUGCCUCUCUCUUGCCAGAGGUAUUGACUAUGCUGUUGCUAACAAUGAAAUCCCUGGAAGAGCUCCAGAUCUUCCCUAUUUGAUAAAACAGGUAUGUCAGCGGAAAAAUGAACCACAAUUGCAAGCAGCUAUUAUGGUGCUAAUGAUCUCUGUAAAGAGUGCAUGUACUAGUGGGUGGUUCAAUGAGAAAGAGAAGGAAGAACUUCACCUUCUCUCAGAAGAGAUGCAAAGCAGUUUCUGUAGUGUGAAUGUUAAAGAUAUGAAUUCCAAUAUGAAGAACAAGGAGAGCAACUUGCAUCCCACCCUCUCCACCAUUAUGUCAAGAUACUUUCCAGGAAUGAAAAUGGGAGAAAUACUUUGUCUUGUUGAAGCCAUGACUGGUUAUGAUUCAUAUGUGACCGAUCUUCAUAUUUCAAAGAGUGCAAGAGCUUCUACUAAUGACAAGAUAUAUUUAUUUGUUGCUCAAAUAGAUAAUAUAGAGACAUCAUCAUGCCUCAUAAGUCCCCAACAAGUCAAUUUUUUAUUGAAUGGUGAAGGAGUUGAAAGGAGGACCUGUAUUUUUAGGGAUCCGGGCCCACAAGCUCCAACACCUGUGACACAUAUGCUUAAAUAUGGAAGUAAUCUUCUUCAAGUUGUGGGCCAAUUUAAUGGGAGAUAUAUUAUAGUCAUUGCCUUCAUGAGUGUGGUCUCAAAUCCCACCUGUCCUCCCAUUCUAGAUUAUGUUCCACUAGCUGCUGCUGCACCUGAUUCAGAUAAUGAGAUAAUUGAAGGGCCUUCAAGAAUAUCACUAAAGUGUCCAAUAAGCUUUAGCCGUAUCAAGAUCCCUGUUAAAGGACAUACAUGUAAACAUCUUCAGUGCUUUGAUUUUAAUAAUUAUGUGGGCAUAAACACAAGAAGACCACAAUGGCGCUGUCCUCACUGUAGUCAAUCUGUCUGCUUUCAUGACAUCCGAAUCGACCAAAGAAUGGUCAAGGUUCUUAAAGAGGUAGGAGAAGAUGUUUCUCAUGUCAAAAUCUCUAGUGAUGGUUCAUGGGAAGCUGUCACUGAAAGUAACGAAAACAGUGACAAACAAAAUGACGCGCCACCUGUCCAUCAAGACACCAGUAUACAAAAUAUAGAUGACAUUAUGGACCUUACUGAAGGUGAUAAUAAUGAAGUGGAUGAUAAAAAACCCAGUGUCAAUAAUGUCAAUAAAAAUAUUCCACCACAUAUGGAAGACGGGUUUUGGAGAGAGUUUUAUUCACCUUCACUUCCAACUAGGAUUGCUAAUACAAGACCAGAUGCUGCUGACUUGAUUCCUGGAAGACCCAUUUUCAACUCCAUUCCCGGUCAAAGUCAAAGUCAAAGUCAAAGUCAAAAUGACAACUCGAAUAAUGGUAGUAAUGUGCACUCUAGGUAUCCAACACACAUGUUGAAUGUAACAAGAGCACCUAAUACUAUUCAAGCACUGCCAGCUCAGACAAGUUCAAGAUCAGCUGAUGUGGACAGACAACAACAAAACUUUUCCCAAAUUCUAACUAACCUUCAAUCCGCACGUAUGAGUUCUCAGAUCCCACAACAAAAGGGAAGGAAUAUGUCACCUCUUCCACCAGACCGUUUCUGGUCACACCCACCGCAGUCUAUUAACCAGAGGACUCCGGUUCCGGUUCCGAUGCGACCAUCGGCUCCAACACCUCCGGCGGCUCGUCCACCUGGCGGCGGUGGUGUGGGCCCCAAUCCCAUGACUAGUCAAUCCCAUUAUUCAUUGGCUGAUAUUCAACGGGCCACCAAUGUUUUGAGGACACCGUCUACACCCGUUUCAAUCCAGACACCCGCACCAUCUAUGCCAGUGACAUCAACCGCAGACCAAAGAGAUCCAGGGAGUUCAGGGGAUGCUAACUGGAGGCCAACAGGACGGAUGAGAGGGAGUUUAUCAGGGCGGGCAUACUCGGAAGCUUUGAACCAGUACAUAAUUCAACCGAAUCAACCGGUUCAAGCUGCUAGACCACCGGUUUUGAACACUCCAAGACCAUUCAUACCGCCACAUCUGCAAGCUCUAAUGGCGAAUAACUUGAGAUCUCAAAAUGGAGAAGGUGGUGGUCCUGAUUCAGAUGGUGGGGUUUUGCCAGAUAAGUGAUUUAGGUGUUUAUGUAAUGAUUUGGUGAUAUUAUUGUUGCUUGUUGUAAUUGCUUUUGUUCUUUGAUGACCUUGAAACAUAAAAAAGUUUGAUGACCUUGUAA